CUUGAAGACGUGUCAAAAGAUUUUGAGCAUUUCUCCAUUGAAUUAUGGCAGAAGUGACAAAAAGAGACAAAUUAUCAACUUAUCUCAAAUAUACUUUUACAACAAACCGGUUAUUAUUUUGGUUCUCAACUAAAUAAUAAAAUUCAGAUAACUCAUCUGCUAUUUAAAAAAUUUUAACAGCUGGAUUAGUGAAAAGUUGGUUACUUGGAUGAACCACAUACGUAGAAUGGGAGGCAACUAGCAACGAGAGCAGACGUAUCGCAGAAUGUAGGGUAAAAAGCUCAGCAACUGCAUAAAGAGGCCUUUAAAGUGGCGAAUCUGCCACAGUUCUAUCAAACUUCAAGUGUGAUUACGAGAGAAAUCAUGGCUCUACGCAAAGUAAAGGGAAACUUUGAACGAAUGUUCGAUAAAAAUCUUACUGAUUUAGUUCGUGGGAUUAGAAACAAUAAAAAUAAUGAGGCUAAAUAUAUCACCCAAUGUAUAGAAGAAAUUAAACAAGAAUUAAGACAAGACAAUGUAGCUGUGAAAGCAAAUGCAGUGGCCAAACUUACAUACCUCCAAAUGCUAGGAUAUGAUAUCAGCUGGGCUGGUUUUAAUAUUAUUGAAGUAAUGUCAUCUGGAAAAUUUACUUACAAACGCAUUGGGUAUUUGGCUGCUAGUCAAAGCUUUCAUCAAGAUACUGAGUUAUUGAUGCUAACCACCAAUAUGAUUCGCAAAGAUUUAAAUAGUCAAAGUCAAUAUGAUGCUGGUUUAGCAUUAAGUGGACUCUCCUGUUUUAUAAGUCCAGACCUAGCAAGAGACUUAGUAAAUGAUAUAAUGACUUUAUUAACAAGCACAAAACCUUAUUUACGAAAAAAAGCUGUUCUUAUGAUGUAUAAAGUAUUUUUGCGCUUCCCGGAGGCUUUACGUCCAGCUUUUCCAAGACUUAAAGAAAAACUUGAAGAUCCUGAUAGUGGAGUUCAGUCAGCAGCAGUUAAUGUUGUAUGUGAAUUAGCAAGAAAGAACCCAAAAAAUUAUUUGAGCUUAGCUCCCAUAUUUUUCAAACUAAUGACUACUUCUACAAACAAUUGGAUGCUUAUAAAAAUCAUCAAACUGUUUGGCGCCUUGACACCUUUAGAACCUAGGCUUGGAAAGAAACUUAUAGAACCAUUGACCAAUUUAAUACACAGCACUUCGGCAAUGUCUCUACUUUAUGAAUGUAUAAAUACUGUGAUAGCCGUCCUUAUUUCAAUAUCAUCUGGAAUGCCAAACCAUUCAGAUUCAAUUCAACUGUGCGUUCAAAAAUUAAGAAUACUCAUUGAAGAUUCAGACCAAAAUCUUAAAUAUUUGGGUCUUCUAGCAAUGUCAAAAAUUCUAAAAACUCAUCCAAAAAGUGUACAAGCACAUAAAGAUUUGAUAAUGCAAUGUCUUGAUGAUAAAGAUGAGAGUAUUCGAUUGCGUGCUUUGGAUUUGCUUUAUGGUAUGGUUUCCAAAAAGAAUUUAAUGGAAAUCGUUCGAAAGUUAAUGAUUCACAUGGACAAAGCUGAGGGAACAACAUAUAGAGAUGAAUUAUUGUCAAAAAUAAUUCAAAUUUGUUCUCAAAAUAAUUAUCAAUUUAUUACUUACUUUGAAUGGUAUAUUUCGGUUUUGGUGGAUCUCACGAAAAUGGAGGGUACUAAACAUGGUCAAUUGGUAGCUACACAACUUUUAGAUGUAGCUAUCCGUGUUCAGGCAAUUCGAAAGUGCGCAGUGCAACAAUGUGCCUUAUUAUUGGAAAAUGCUCAUCUUCUUACUGGUCAACCAAGAGCUACAAUGUGCGAAGUUUUAUAUGCAGCAGCUUGGAUUUGUGGAGAAUUCUGUCAUGAACUUGAUGAUCCAAUAGCCACAUUAAAAUCUAUGUUAAAAUCUCAAGCAUCAAGCCUUCCAGGUCAUAUUCAAGCAGUUUAUGUCCAUAAUAUUUUAAAAUUAGCAACAAUAACGUUAAAUAAGGCUCAAAAAGACGAAGAUCAAGAAACAAUUGAUCAGAUUUUCAGUUUAAAAGAUAAAAUGGCAGAAUUCGUCUGCUCGGGAGAUUUAGAAGUUCAAGAACGAUCAAGUGCUGUAUUAGUUUUAUUUGAUUACCUUCAACAGAAUCCUUCACUUAUUAGUGAACUUGCCGAAACUUUUGAAGGAGAAUUAAAUCCUGUUGCUCCGAAAGCUCAAAAGAAAGUACCAAUACCUGAAGGUUUAGAUCUUGAUUCUUGGAUUAAUGAUCCACCAUCUGAAACUUCGGAUGAAGAAGAUUUGGAUAUGAAUGAUAUUUUUAUAAAGUCUGACAAGUCAGUUGAAUAUGGAGAAAAGAAAGUAUCAAUUGAACCAACAGUUGAAGAGCUUCAAAGGCGAAGAGAAGCCCGAAAAAUAGAACAAGAAAAUAAUCCACAUUAUUUAAAAACUUCCAGUCCAAGAAGUAUUAAUUCUUAUCAUAAUUCUAGCAUUAAUAACAAAACUGAUGAUUUCGAUCACAUUCCUAUUGCUGAACUUGAUUUGCCAGUUUCAUUAAAAAUUAAUUCAUAUACCAAUUCAAAGUUACUAGACUUCAGUAUGGAUCAAAAACAAAAAAGAAGAAAAAAUGAGAAGAAAAAAAAGAAAUCGAGAAAAAAUAAAGAUCAUUCAAGUUCUGAUGAAGGUCAAGAUGAAGAAAGAUAUCCAACACAUUAUAUAAAUACUGGAAUCGGUGAAUUACCACCUGGUGCUGAACUUAGUGACAAUGAAGAUACUAAUUUAACUGAUAUUAAUGAUCCACAUCGAGCAUUGAAUAUUGAUUUAGAUAUUCCACUCAGAGAAGAUGAACGAUUACCAGUUUUAGAGCACAGAAUAUCAGAAAAUACCAACAAAUCAGAUAACACUAUGUCUCGAGAAAAGAGUAAGAAAGAGAAAAGUUUCAAGAAGACAAAGAAAAAGAGCAAGCAUGAAAAAUCAAGUAGUCAAAAUGAAAAUCAAAAUAAUAUAGAUUUAUGGUUGGGAAAUGAUAUGAUUAAUGAUAAAGAGAAUUCAAGUAAUGACAAUAUUCAGCGACAUGAAGAUGAGAAAAAAUCACAUUCAAAAAGGGUAAAGUCUAAAAAAAAGAAAGAAAGUGAAGAUGGUUCAAGAAGACGGAAGAAAAAAUAUUCAGAGGGUAAAAAACAUGAUAAAUCAUCAGGUUAUGAAGAGACUGCAGGGAUUUCUACUCCUUCCAAAGAAAUAUUACCCGGACUUACAAGCAAUUGUGAUGAAAAUGAGACGUGUAUUAAUCACGAACCUCCACAAAAAUGUGAAGAAUUAGCUAAGAAUGAUAAAAUAAAAAUGAUGUAUGAAUUAAAACAGUCACCUCAUGAUGUAGGAAAAAUAAUUGUGGCAAUCACAUUGACUAACAUUAGUGAAAAACUUAUAAAAGAAUUAGAUCUUGAUGUGUCAGAUGCUUCAGCAUUGAAAUUAAUAAGAAAUUUUGGAGAAGAAUUUGGUAUAAAAUUGAAAGUCCAAUUAAAUCCACAAGCUACGACGAAAGUUCAUUUACCAAUAUUGGUAUCAGAUGAUACAUUUGCCCAAAAACUUCGUGGUUCUCUUUCCUAUAUGGUAGAAAAUCCUAUCGGAACAGUUCACGAGAAAUUGGAUUUUACCUUGCCAUUAUCUUAUUGCGAUUUUUUGGUGGGAAGCCUCACGCAUGGUGAUAUUCUUGCUGAGUUAUUAAACAGUGAUCAAUUAAUACAUAAAGUUAAAAAUAAGAUUGAAAUCAAUGAAGAUUUUAAUCGAAUAUUAAAAAUAAUCUGUCAACAAUGUAAUUUUACUCUUGUUGAACAUGUUGAUGAUGCUGCGUCUCUCUAUGGUCAAUCACUAAAAGGUCAUCAUGUGUGCCUUUUAGUUAAAAAAAAAUCAAGUAAUAAUUCUCCUACCCUUACAAUUGAAGGCAAAGGAGAUAACGCCUCUUUAUUAUCUGGAGUUGUGGAUCAGAUAUUAAAAUUACUUUCGAAUUAUUGAUAAUAAUUAUAAUCAUAAUGAUAACAAUUAAUCGUAAGUAUGAAAAAAUAAAAAUAUAUAUUAAAAAAAUUAUGUAUAAUGUGAAGAGAAAUGAUUCGUUGAAAAAAUUUAUGUAAAAAAGUAAGAAUGAAAGAAAGAAUAGUGUUUAUUGCUCAUUUAUAGUGAAAAUUAAUAUUCUAUUGAAUUUAUAUGCUCUUAAAUAAUUUUUCCUAUUGAGUAAAUUAUUAAAUAAUCAUUAAACUGACCGAUAAAACGGUUAAUAUAUUAAUUUGAUAAAC